AUGCUCGGUGCCUUGCAUCCACCACCUCAACAGCCGGCCCAGAACCAACGGCCUCAAGGCAUUCCUGAUCCGCAUGCACAGCGUCGCGCCUCUGCAACUCAGUCUUUCCAGCCUCCGCGGCAGCCAGGCGGAGGACGAUAUGACUAUCCGCCGUCGACGAGCGCACCCCUUCGAGCCGAUCCAUACUACAACCAAAAUCCAAACCCGUCUAUAGCAAACCGUCUUCACUCUCCUCCUCCACAACACUAUGGCUUUGGCCCCCGCCCUGUUCACCCAGCUCAAAACCGGCCUCCGCCUUCGUCAUAUCCUCCGCGCACACCGCUACCGCCAAGUGCCGGCGGUGCUGGCGCUGCGCUGCCGGCCUCCAACGAACCACACGACCUCUUCCCUCUAUUUCGGGCAGCCAACGCGUCGAAUUCAGGUUCACUCAGUGCUUCCGAGCUAGGCUCCGCGCUAGUGAAUGGGGAUUAUACGUCGUUCAAUCGAGAUACGGUCACGAUGAUGAUUCGUAUGUUUGACCGAGACGGCAACGGCACAGUAGGGUUUGACGAGUUCGUUGCACUAUGGAGAUUUCUAGCUGCAUGGCGAGGCCUAUUUGACCGCUUCGACGAAGAUAUGAGCGGCCGAAUCAGUUUUCAGGAGUUUAGCAAAGCGUUAAUCGCAUUUGGCUAUAAGCUGAGCCCAACGUUUGUUCAGACCUUAUUCACAACAUUUGAAAGCAAGGGACAACGCGGUGUAGCCUUGGUUCCCGGUCGGAAUGAUGGCAUGAGUUUUGAUCUUUUUGUGCAGGCGUGUAUUACCUUGAAGCGAAUGACCGAUGUCUUUAAGAGAUAUGACGACGACCGGGAUGGAUAUAUAACACUUAGUUUUGAAGAAUUUUUAACAGAGAUCUUACCGCUCCGAGAAUAA